CUUACUUGGAGUCUGUCUCUUGAGAUCCAGCACGGGGCUCCAUGACUUUUCACCCUUAAAAUGAAAAAGAAAAAAGUUGUCUUUUAUCGCUAAGCUGCGCACUUAAAGCCAACUCUCUGAGAAGUUUCUGCUUUUUUCAACAACAACACAAAAGUAUUUUUUUCUUUUGCUGUGGAAGGGACAGAUACUCAACAGAAGAUUGGUUAAAAAGGAGGAAUAAAAGAAAAGUGCAAGGAUUCUACCAUAAUUGUAGUCUAUGGAAAUGCAGGAUCUAGCUAGUCCACACAGCCGAGUAAGUGGAAGCAGUGAGUCCCCAAACGGUCCCAACAUUGACAACUCCCAUAUAAAUAACAAUUCCAUGACACCAAAUGGCACUGAAGGUGAUAACAUCACUAUGCUUACCACAGCUGACUGGUUGUUAAGUUCUAGUUCACAGUCUGCUGCAGUUAAAACAGAGCCAAUGAGCAGCAGUGAAAUCGCCACCUCUGUAGCAGACGGCUCUCUAGACAGCUUCUCAGGAUCAGCCAUUGGAACCAGUGGCUUCAGCCCAAGACAAACUCACCAGUUCUCUCCCCAGAUUUACCCUUCCAACAGACCGUAUCCACACAUUCUUCCAACUCCUUCCGCCCAGAAUAUGGCGGCGUACGGACAGACGCAAUACACCACAGGAAUGCAACAGGCUGCUGCCUAUGGCACAUACCCUCAGCCAGGCCAGCCGUACGGGAUUUCUGCCUAUGGCAUCAAGACAGAGGGUGGACUGACCCAGGCUCAAUCUCCAGGCCAGAGCGGCUUCCUCAGCUACAGUUCCAGCUUCUCCACACCCCAGACGGGACAAGCACCCUACAGUUACCAGAUGCAAGGAGGCAGUUUUACAACAACUUCAGGGCUGUACGCUGGAAGCAAUUCCCUCACAAACUCAACUGGAUUCAAUAGCACACAACAGGACUAUCCUUCCUACCCGACGUUUGGCCAGAGUCAGUAUGCGCAGUAUUACAACAGUAGCCCUUACACUUCUCCAUACAUGACCAGUAACAACACCAGCCCUACUACACCCUCUACCACUGCCACCUACACCCUGCAAGAACCUCCAUCAGGGAUCACCAGCCAGGCCCUCACAGAGCAGCCCACAGGAGAGUACAGUACAAUCCACAGUCCAUCAACCCCCAUUAAAGAUUCAGAUUCAGAUCGAUUGCGUCGGGCUUCGGAUGUAAAGGCACGUGGCCGAGGAAGGAGGAACAAUAACCCGUCUCCACCUCCUGACUCUGACCUUGAGCGCGUGUUCAUUUGGGACUUGGAUGAAACAAUCAUCGUUUUCCAUUCCUUGCUCACAGGAUCUUACGCCAACCGAUUCGGAAGGGAUCCACCAACGUCGGUGUCAUUGGGACUAAGAAUGGAAGAGAUGAUCUUCAACUUGGCUGACACGCAUUUCUUCUUUAACGACUUGGAAGAAUGCGAUCAAGUCCAUAUUGACGAUGUGUCGUCGGAUGACAAUGGGCAGGAUUUAAGCACAUACAAUUUUAGCACAGACGGAUUCCACGCUGCUGCCACCAGUGCCAACCUGUGUCUGGCCACCGGCGUACGAGGAGGCGUGGACUGGAUGAGAAAGCUCGCGUUCCGCUACAGACGAGUAAAAGAAAUUUACACCACCUAUAAAAAUAACGUCGGAGGUCUGCUUGGCCCGGCCAAAAGGGAAGCCUGGUUGCAAUUGCGAGCAGAAAUUGAAGCCCUGACUGACUCCUGGUUAACACUGGCACUGAAAGCACUAACAUUAAUCCACUCAAGAUCAAACUGUGUGAACAUCUUAGUGACCACAACACAGCUCAUACCUGCCCUCGCCAAGGUCCUCCUGUACGGACUGGGAGUAGUAUUUCCAAUUGAAAACAUUUAUAGCGCCACUAAAAUAGGAAAAGAGAGCUGCUUCGAGAGAGUAAUCCAGAGGUUUGGGAGAAAAGUUGUUUAUGUGGUGGUGGGGGACGGUGUGGAGGAGGAGCAAGGCUCGAAAAAGCACAACAUGCCUUUCUGGAGGAUCUCUAGUCACUCUGACCUCAUGGCCCUGCACCACGCUCUGGACCUGGAGUAUUUGUAGCACUGUGACGGCCCCGUUGCUCCGUCCCCGGGCCAUUCAGGGGCCCCUGCAGACCCAGCACCAUCAGCCUGCUGCGUCGCCCGAGCGUCUGCGUUCUGAUAGCACCAGACCAAAAAAAAUAAAAAAUAAAAAAUGUUCACAUUCAAACAUACAGAGAGAGACUCAGCGUGUUGACACAUGGCCGCAAUUCGUCUUAACCCUAAACCUUUUUCGAAGUGGAGGAGAGUGAAUUUAUGGCACUGCAGCUGCUGGCCCUGGUUACUGUGAAUUGGCUUUUUUUUUUUUUUUUCCGAAGCCAUCAAAAUGUUUUACAGCCCUGUCUACGCGGGGGGACUCGGCAAGGGUUCACACCUGUGACAAAAACUGAGCUACCGAUGCCUUUGGAACUCAGCAGGACUCCGAUCCCACUGCGACUUGGUGUAAUGUUUUGUCUCUUCAUGUCUUUUUUUUAAACGAUGGUACAAAGACUGUCGGGCAAGGCCCCUUGCUUUUCUUUUUCCUCGUUUUGCCAGCUCUCCCUAUUGUCCAGGAUGUCCUUCGCUUCUUAUUUAUAAUCCCAGAGACUUUGUGGAGUGGCACUGGCCCUAAUAAAAAAAAGGCAAUUUGUUUUAGAAAGACUUGUGCCUUUUCAGAUCAAGUACUUUGAUUACUUCUUGAACAAGAAGUUUAUGGAGGAAACACGAAAAAUGGAUUUUCUAAGUAAUUUAAGGAAGAAAAAAAACUACAAAUUUAAGGAAAUGUUAUUUACAUUGCAGAGACAAUCGUGUACAGGCAUUUUUUUGUUCUGUUGUGUGUGUAAAUUUGUAAUCACUGGACUAUUCCUUCCUAUAUUGAUUAAGGUACAUGCUGUGGAAAGCUGUUUCAUGGAAGUACUUAAGUACAUAAAGGCGUUUGCGCAGUAGCUCGCGCAAAGCUUGAAAGUGUUGACGUUUUCAUUCAAUAAAUGUGUAGAUUUUGUUUUUUUGUGAUAAUUUUUUGUCAUGACCAAAAGCAUGGAUGUCACGUGUCAAUAAUUACAUUUUUUUUUUCUUUUUAGUGAUGUUUUGUUUCCUACUGCAAAAAAGUUUUAUGCUUAGAUUUUUUGUUUUCUUUCAAGUCCAUAUAUCUAAAUAUUCUUAGAUCAAGAAGCUUUUUAUAGGUAAACAAAAAAAUUUUUUUUUCAGAAAUAAUAUGCUAAUAUUAAGUUUGAGUUUUUAAUAAAAAAUGCUAAAUAAUCUGCAAAUGGGGUAAGCAAAAUAACCUUGUUUUUCCUUUUGACUUUAAAAAAUAAUUUUAUUACCCCAUUGGCAGAUUAUUUUGCUUGUUUAAAGGAAAAACUCACUUCAUUUUGGCAUAUUGUUUCUUAAAACAAGACAAUAUGUUUUGCUUGUUUAGAAAAUUCUUCUUGAUCUAAGAAUUUUUAGAAAUUUGAACUAAAAACAAGACACAAAAUCUAAGUAAGAAAAUCAUUGUUUUGCAGUGUAGUAGAUUUCUGGUGGUGAGACUGAUGAAUGGUGGAAAUUAAUUUAAGUCCAGACUGUAGCUCAAACUCCAAGGAAGAACAUAAUCAGCGUAACAUUAAUAAUACCAACAAUAAUAAUCUUCUGAAUGUCAAGCUUUCAAAACUGAGUGUAAAUGUCUGUGUUCCCUAAUAUUAUCCCGAGUCGGAGCGUCCUGGAUGGGGAAUUAAGCUUCAAUAAGCUUUUAUUAUCUUUUGUACAACAGCAACUCUUGUACAGCAAGUGUAAUUUUUGUAUGAAGUAGUCUUUUUAUUUUGAUUGUGUCCACUUGGAAAUCGCUGUAGUCGAAUUUUCAUGAUGCAUAUUGGUAGUUCUAAGGUAUCGGUGGACUGGAAACUUUAGCUCUUAGACUUUAAGAAAGCCACUACUCACUCACACCUACACACACACACAUGCAAUGGAGUUGAGAACAUACAUGUGCUAUCGACUGUGAAUUUCCCCAGCUAACUCGAUCUGUUUUUAAUUUUCCCUCCCGGCACAUGAUGAUGAUGUUCGGCUCCUGCAGGUGAGGUCGUCUUUUCUGGCCUAGUUUUUCUCAGCACAUUUACAAUUUCAGCCUUUCGUAUUGCAUCGCCCGCCACCCCUUCCCCUCCAUAUCGCCCCCAUUACUGGGGAAUCACAUUUUGCUGCUAGAUCACAGUAACAAUAGAUGUUUUCUAGAUUUACCACGGCAUUUUUUUUAAACAAAUUAUGCAAUCAUAAUGCAAACUGGAAAUAAUUUACAGUUUAUGUGGGUCUCAUUGUGAAACACAGUUUGUUGUGUCUGCAAAAAAAAAAAUAGAAAAAAAGAUGUGUACAGAUGUUUUUGACAUUUAUUAUUUGAUUGUGUUUAAAUUAAUAAAAACUGAUUUGUGAACUGUU